GGCCGUCAUUGAAAAUAAGAAUUUGUUCUUAACUGGCUUGCCUAGUUAAAAAAAGGACAAAAGAAAACAUGUAAUAACAUCCAGAAAUCCUGUUUCUGUUUGGUCAGGUUCACAUCAGCAGACACUAACAUCACUAUCUAUGGACACACAACACACUCAGCAGUCUUUGGCAAUGCUUACGGCUUUCUUCGAAGUGUUUUCGCUCCGGGUAUUUCGUGACAUGUCCUGCAGCUGUCCAAGCAGACCGUUGCUCCGGAGUCACUGCCUGGAGCGACUUGAAGUCGCAGGUGUUCUGCAAAUGACAGUCAAAAUGUCUCUUCUCUGCUCUUUCCCAAAACUUGCUGUCAAUCUCUACUCGACACCACGUUUCUCGUAGCGUGUUUAAUUCGAAUAGGGCACCCUCUUUAUAUUUUGACAUGUUUGAUAGGCUUUACAACAUCACAAUAGCAAGUAGCAGCCAAAUGACGUGGGGCGUAAUGAGCGCAUUGUAGUCUUUAGCCGCGCGGCGGUUUCCAUGGAUCUGGAAACCUGAGAAUUUCGCGCAACAAUGCAAACUGUGACAACGUGGAAGUGUAGUGAUGUAGGCCUGCGUGUGCCAGUGCAUCUUGAAACGUAUUUAAUCGUGGUAAAUCUGAGGACGAAUUGAAGACCGCAUUUUCAAAAACAUAAUGAAUAAAUUCAUCUCCCAUCUACAAAUUUAAGGUCUACAAUUAGCAGAGAAAAUGGAUUUGUUAGGCCUAUGUCAUUGAGGUGGAUGAUUUUAUUACACAUUUUAUGCAUAGAUUGUCUCAAUCGUUUGUUUUUCAGUGCGAGUAUCCUACUGUACAGUAUAUGCUAGGCAGGUCUAUUAGGUUAACCUAAGAUUAGGAUUAGGGAGAGAUAAUGAGGAGACCAUGUGUCACUAAUGAACACAUACACCUUUGAACAACCUCAAUUCUAUUGAAGAAAUUAUCCAGUUUAUUUGAAUGCAUAAAGAGGCCGGUGAGCACUUCUUCCAUUCACAUGUCCCGGACUGGUUGGGGAUAAUAACCGCCAUAGCCCUCCAAAUCAGGUAUUUUGAUUGGUCGGAGUCAUCAUCCGAAGGCCUCUAUAUUUGAGUUGUCUGAUGUAAAUGCGCCCUGCCUUACAGUACUCUCCACUCCCAUGCACUGAACAAAAGCGGCACGGACAUACUAGACUAUAGCAGGACCAUGCGAAAGAAGGCGCUUAUGUGAGCGAAUACAGAUAGAUAGCCUACAAUAUUUUUAAAUGACUUAUUCAUAAAACGGUGUGAAUAGUUGUAUUAUCUACUAACUGAAUGUUGGAUCUGCCCUAUUUUGCGUAAACGUGCUUCCUGACUUUAGGGUAUAGGCUAUAGAGAUAGGCGACGUUGGCGCAGCAUCAUGGUGGCUGGCGAGUUGGUACAGGAGCAUCUGCGACGUGACAACGCACCUGACGAAAUAGACAUCUCAUGCAAGAGCUCGGUGCAUAACGGGGCAGUCCCAAUAGGGGAUCAGUACACCGAUCUAACGAAUGGAUCGGCACAUCUGACAGAACUGGACUCGAAGGCGUUGGAACAAGAGAUCCCUCCAGGUGAGAAGCAGGCUAUGCUUCCUGGAGAGGAAAAAGGUAUCGAAACGAAACUCUAUUGGAGAAGAUUCGCCGUUUUAGCUGUGUUCAGCUUUUACUCCCUCGUCAACGCAUUUCAAUGGAUCCAGUACAGCAUCAUCACCAACAUUUUUACCCACUUCUACAAUGUAUCCAGCGACAAGAUCGACUGGCUGUCCAUUGUAUACAUGGUCGCGUAUGUGCCUUUGAUAUUCCCGGCAACAUGGUUACUGGAUAAAAAAGGACUGAAACUGACAGCCCUUAUGGGCGCGGGUUUGAACUGCGUCGGUGCCUGGGUGAAAUGCGCCAGCGUCCGGCCAGAUCUGUUCGGUGUGACAAUGACCGGACAGAUAAUAUGUUCCAUAGCCCAAGUCUUCAUUCUCGGGCUGCCCUCUAAGAUUGCAUCAGUGUGGUUUGGCCCGAAGGAGGUGUCUACUGCAUGUGCCACUGCCGUGCUGGGUAACCAGCUGGGCACUGCCAUUGGCUUCCUGCUUCCACCUGUCCUGGUCCCCAACACUGUGGAAGACAUAGAGCUGAUGGGACACAACAUCAGCGUUAUGUUUUAUGGGACGGCUGUAGUCUCCACUGCUUUCUUCAUCUUGACUGUAAUUGUCAUGAAAGACAGACCCUCACUACCUCCCAGCCAAGCUCAGGCUGUCCUGCCUGACUGUGCUCCUGAAGACUACUCCUACAGGCAGUCCAUCAUCAAUCUGUUCAAGAACAAACCUUUCAUCCUACUGCUCAUCAGUUAUGGUAUCAUGACUGGUUCUUUCUACUCUGUGUCAACACUUCUCAAUCAGAUGAUUAUGGCUUGUUACGAGAACCAGGAACUGAAUGCAGGCAGGAUUGGUCUCACCCUUGUGGUGGCUGGAAUGGUGGGCUCCAUCAUCUGUGGACUGUGGUUGGAUCACACCAAAACCUACAAAAUGACCACUUUGUUUGUCUACAUCCUGUCCUUCAUUGGUAUGCUGGUGUUCACCUUCACUCUGGACCUCAACAGUAUCUACCUGGUGUUCUUCACUGCCGGCGUGCUGGGGUUCUUCAUGACUGGUUAUCUGCCGCUUGGAUUUGAAUUUGGGGUUGAAAUUACGUAUCCUGAAUCGGAAGGGACAUCUUCUGGUCUUCUUAAUGCAUUUGCACAGAUCUUUGGGAUUAUUUUCACGUUGAUCCAGGGAAGACUAACAACAGACUACAACCCCCUGGCUGGGAACCUGUUCCUCUGUGUCUGGAUCUUCCUGGGCAUCUUUCUCACAGCCUUAAUAAAAUCAGAACUGAGAAGAAACAACGUCAAUAUGGGCAUGGACCACAGAAAUCUUCAAGCAGUCCCUACCGAGUGCCCUUCAGACAAGCCAACCAAUGGCGUCAAGAUGGAAACUUCAGUCAGCUUUUCCCAUGAGACCUCACUUUAAUCCAAAAAGGACAGGGGGGUCAGGUCGCUCAACACUACUGAACAUUUCAGAGGCCUACAUUCAACAACAUUUACUGAGGUUACUUGAAAUCUCCUUUUCUUUGGAUUGUAUACUGUAAUGUGUUAUAAUGUUUGUACUGUAGUGGUUUUAGCCAAGCCAUGAUUUGUUUAUACAUAGGUAAACUAUAAGCACCUAAAUACACCUUAUAACUUCCAAUAGUCCUCUCCUUCUUUUGCUUGAUGAACCCCUUUUGUCUCUACAAUUGUCAUCAUUGCUGGUUCAUAAAGUGCUGCUUAUUUAAACUUAUUUAAGGCAUUAUACAAAACCAAAAGGGACAUAUAAUGUAGGAUCUCUGACCUGCCUUAGCCUGUGAGGAAGAACAUUGUUGUCAUUAUGGUGAUGUUAUUAUUGUGAUGCUGCAUUAUUUUAAUUGCAUGACAUUGCAGUUUAACAGUGCCAGUUUUGUUCUCUACGACAUGUCAGCCAUUCAUACAAAUAUGGACCAAAUAUGACGCACUAAGAUGCACAAUGCAUAUGACAAAUGUGCAACAUGCACAAUCUACAUUUCAGUGUAUUACUUACAUGCAUGCUUUUGAAAGUGUUAAAAUGUUGACAACUUUGUUGAAUACAAGGCACAGAUAACAGUUCUGCCGAGAUAGGUAGCUAAUGGUAUAGCAGCGCCACCCAGAGGGAUUCUGUGGAAAUACUAAGGAAGCUGUGUGGAUGAUGAAGCACAAACAGGAGUGAUAAUGACUGCAGCGUUACAAUUAAAAUAGCUCCAAACCUUCACAGUGGAUUAUAUAGCUCAAACUGUGGCUAUAAAGACUAUGCACAGUAGGUGGUCUAGUGGUUAGAGUGUUGGGACGGUAACCGGAUCAAAUCCCUGAAUUGACAAGGUAAAAAUCUGUUGUUCUGCUCCUCAGCAAGGCAGUUAAUCCUCGGGUGCCAAAAACUUGGAUUUUGAUCAAGGCAGCCCUCCCGCACCUCUUUGAUUCAUAGGGGUUGGGUUAAAAGCAGAAGAUACAUUUCAGUUGAAUACAUUCAGUUGGACAACUGACUAGGCAUUUCCCAGCACAUCUCUAAACCGCUAUAUUUUGGCUCUUGUAUUUCCUUUGUUUUAACGGGAAUAAGUAAUAUCAUCCCAUCAAUAAUCAGAAGAUCCAACCCAUAGGCGUUUCUGCUAUCUCAAAAACAAUUUAAUGUUUUUAAAUGGUUGCUUCCUGCAGGAUAUGUCCAAAUUAGUGCUUAUAAUUAUGAAUAUUUGCGUAUCAAAUGUUAUUAUUUAGCUUCUUAUGACCGUAGAAAAAAACAUUUAUUUGGUUGACAGAUGUAUUCCUCUCUUUUCUAGCGUUUUAUGUAGUUCUGAAUAAUGAUGAAGUAACAUUUCUCUAUUAACAUUCAUAACAUUUCCUUGCUUUUUUCUAAAUUUGAUAGUUCACUUAUACCAAUGUAGUUAUUUGUUUCAAUUAUUUAUUCAUCUUUAUUUCAAUGUAUUGCAUUUACCAAGACCAUUGAAUUGAAUCAUUGUUCCCAACUGAAAAUGAGUACAUCCGGACCUUGAACUAUACUUACAGUUUUGUUCAAUACAACAUAUGGCUUUGACACACCACUGUCUAAAGUCUCGACAGCCUGAUUUAUAAUUUCGCAAAGUAAUCCACAGUAUAGUCAAUGCCAACACUGUUACAAUGCAGCUGCUAUAGAAUGUGUCUUCUGCACAAUCCCUUCAAGGUGCCCCAGAGUGUACUCUAAAAAUGAGGUUUUAGUUUUGCCUAGGUAGUUUGUCUUUGGGCUUUUGUCGGUGGUAAGGAGUCGCAUGUGUACUUGCUUAUCUGCAGAUAAUGUACUGUGGCAAUCAAAACAUAAAACACAGAGUGUAAACAAUACAAUACAAUUAUUUUUAGCUCAGCUACUAUAGUCAGUGGAUGUUGUAAUUCUGUAUAUGUUUUAUUAAUUGUAGUCAUGAGGUGUCACAGAAGACUUUUAGCUAAUGACCUAGAUAUUGUAAUAAUAGUGCCCUCAUGUGGUGACCAAUACAUUUUCAUAAGCAUAUGGUGUAUUCUAAUAAUGUUUUGUGACAGUAUUCUAAGUGAUUGAAAUGCUAGCAUUUAGGUUUUCCCAAUACUGGAAAACGUGUAGAGAAAGUUAGACCAAUAGAGUUGGAAUAUGCGUUUGGCUGACAUUGUCCAGAAGAGGGCGUAUUUGGCAAACUAACCUGUUA